GUAAACCGUUCUCUCCGCCGGAGUAUUAUAGAUGUGGGACGGGAACGAUGGAAAGAUGGCGGCCGCAAUGGUGCAAAUGUCAUGUUUGUACCGGGGGAUGUUAGCGGUCAGGGCCACUGGCAUCAGGACGCUGAUCCCCGGGCUGGUCCCGGUCCAGUUCCGAGCCUUCUCGGUGCGGAAGGAGCCCGAGCUAGAGGAGAAUCCGUACUACAGCAAGUACCAGGACAAGAUCCAGAAACUGCGCAGUGCCAAACCGCAGGAGUACAAGACCCGACUGGAGAAAAGGCAUGAAGCCAAUAAGGAAGUGCUGGGACACUCGAAGCAGGCAGAGUUUGUCCGUUUUAUGGAGCAGGAGCUGGAAAAAAGGGACAAGAUGGCAGCUGGUGACGCAACAUCAGGAGGUUUUACAAAGAAUAAGACUUUGGGCUCCAUCCUCAACUUGGAGAUGAUCAAGGACAAGACAGGCGAGGAGAUUGCAGAGCUUUGGAUGAAGUAUUAUUCUACCAAGGAUACAGUCAGCGCCAUCAUCCCAACACAGAUCUAUGAGAUGAUUUUCAGCAGAUCACAGUCCUGCCCAAUGUUCCUUUACGCUUUGCCUCAGAAAGAGGGUUACGAGUUCUUUGUGGGUCAGUGGUCCCGACACGAGCUCCACUUCACCUCCCUCAUCAACGUCCAGACGCUGGGUGAGAAUGCUCCCAGUCAGCUGAUCCUAUACCACUACCCAGACCUGAAGGAGGAGAAGGGCAUCGUGCUCAUGACAGCAGAGAUGGAUCCCAAGUUCAUAACCGUCCAGCAGGCUCAGUGUUUGGCUAACCAGGUGCAGCUCUUCUACGGCACCCAGAGACGGGAGACUUACCGAUUGGUGGAGAUGUUUAACCACCACCCUGCAGAAUUCAAGCACAUGUCAGUCAUAGCAGAGCUGGAGCAGAGCGGUUUGGGGCCUGCAAACCCUUCCACGAGUUCCUGAGAUGGACUGAAGUUGCCACCAAACAGCCUGCUGAGGAACUGUUGGUCUCCGUGUACAGUCGCAAAGAUAUCCAAGCUUCUUUGCUCAGCAUGCUCCAGUGGGAUAUAGCUGCUUCUUGCUCUGUGUGUGCAGUCUCCAGCAGCAGCUGUGAAUUACAGAAAAAAGAACUUAAAGAAGCAAACAGCUUCUCUCAAUAUUUACUACACAUCUUGUGUGUUGUCAGUUUGCCUCAAUGGGAAAAUAAUGUUGAAGUGAGCACUUCUAUAAUAAAUAGUUCUCACUUUGUCUUGUUCUUCAUAUCAGACUGUGAUGUAAGCAGAAGAACAUUGUUCAUAGGAAUCCAAUUAAGUAAUAAAUCAUCUUCAAAACUGUAACCUGUUUAUAUAGUCAGCGUUCUAACCAGAAGAAAAACUUUAAACACAAUACUGAGGCAAACAGGAAAGUCUUCACAGCCUGGAUUGUGACUGACCACUUAUUAAUGAUCAGUGUGGUAUCAUUCCAUACAACUGUUACUGUACGUUAGAGUUCACAUUAACCAAAUAUUUAUGACAGAUUUCAUUUAUUUUUUUAACAGUGAUGGAAACAUUUCACGUGUGUCCUUCCUUUUGACACAUAACACUGAUGGAUUUAGCAGAAACUUCCAUAAUAACACCCUUAACAACAGUGCAGCAGAGGUGGGCAGUCUCUGCAUAAAAUGACAUAAACAUAUAUUCUGGGCCUAAAGUGGAACUUUGCAAGUGAGGCACCAAAGGCUCUGGUGCAGAAUUUAGAAAUAACUGAAAGUAGAAAUGAGUCAUGUACAAAAUUGUUUUAGCUUUACUAGAUUUACUUUCUUUAAAUGUAAGCUGUGGGCAGGUAACCUGUGCUGCUGCUUCUGAGGUUUGGUAUGCUUUGUGGAUGUACCCAACUUUACCCUGUAGUAUAAGAGCAGAUAUGACAUAAGCCUUUGUGGCUGGUUUCAAACCCUCCAGCCAGAAUACAGCUGUGUAAAGGUGGAGUUUGAUAAGUGAUACUAAAGAGAAUACUCAGCAGACUGCGCUACACUGCAUAGGAGCACUUUGUAUUUGCUGAUAUUUAUUGAGUUGUAUGAAACAAUGCAUUUGAAUGUACAGAUUAAUUUUAAUCGAUACAGCUCCAAUUCACAACAGUAACUUUAAGGUGCUUUAUAUUUUAAGGGAAAGACCACCAAUCACACGACCCCCUAUGAGACUGAAAACAGCUGAAUUCAAAGAUUAAAAGCUGUGGCUCAAUGCAUCAUGGUUCUAUGAUGCGUGCUACUGCAUGUGUUACAGUAAAUGCAACAGUAAGAAUGGCAGCAGGUCAUUAUUCACUUUUAUUGUAUUUAUUUAAGGAAAAAAGUACUGUGCAAAUCCCCAAAUGCAGUAUUAGGGAUGGUCACAUAUUCAGGCAAAAACACAAAUUCAUUUCUCUUAAAACAGUCAAUUCCAAGCAUUUAUUCAAAUAAACACACACACACACACACACACACACACACACACGGAAAGCCAGAGAGGACAUAACAAAAAAACGUAUUUGGGUCUAAUCACAAUAAAAAGAUUUAAAAAGUA